AUGCCUUCAACAAAUCAAACGCUUUUAUUUUCGUUAAUUUUUUGCCUUUAUUUGACUUCUGCUAUUAGUCAGAUUUCUAACACUACCAUAAGCAAUUCCACUUCUUCACUUUCCGAUACUGGAUGUGCAGAUUACUUCGGGGUCAGUAAAUGCAGUACCUGUCAAAAAACAGCAUAUGGUGCUUCAGACGACAGCAUUUCAAAUUGUUUUGCGCUAUCAAAUGAAACUCUCAAUGGUACAGUAGAAUCUGUUUCUACUUUAUUGAGGAGUAAAUGUGGUUUAACUUGCAAUCAAACUGCGAUAAUGACUUUAAACGAAAACAUACAAAGAGACUGUCAACAAGAAUUAACCGAAUGGGCGAAACAACCCGAUUCUAUAAAUAUUACUAAGUAUAUUUUGCCGGAUCUUUGGUUUUCAGUCUACUCGGCCAUCCCUAAUAGAAAGGCAUUAUGUAGUCAAGAUUCUAAUGGAUCUUACUGUGCCGCCAAUGUAUCCUCAAAAGUUAUAGACUAUGUAUCAAGUCUAUUAUCGUAUGGAGAAGAUUCCUAUUUUUAUGUUGAAUUAUCUCCACCUGAUGGGCUUGUUUCAUUUAUAACAAGUUCAAAUUCUCCCAUAAAAACAGUAUCAUUACCAACGCAUAUUACUUGCAGUAACUGUUACACAGCAUUAGCAAAAUCAUGGAUUGAUUUCUUCAACAUGAAUCCAUCAUCAAUUCCUGCCGUUCAAAGUGCAUUGGAUGAAUAUAUUAAACCAAUUAAAGGGAAUUUAACUCAAUGUCCACCACCAACAUCAUCAAAUUCUGCUUGCGGUUAUUCAAUGUAA